GGGACCCCACAGUGCCACCGGUCUUCACCCAAGCUGUCGGUGACAAUCAGUUUCAUGCGGAUACCGAUGUUGUACAUCACCUUCACCUUACUGCAGUCACCUUCAAUGUCCUCUCCCUAGGCAGGGAUACUUUUGAGACCCCUGCCCUUGUGGUGGUGCAUCAAGAUCCUCGCCGAUUGCUGAUUCGGUUCUCGGGAAAGAGCAUGUUGGACCUGUUGCCCCAGAAGAUGAAGCCAGACUUUGUUGCGGUUCCCAUCGACUGGACUGCUGGUGACGUGCGUGCCACUUUCCGUGCACCCUCAGCGCGCACACGGCUCUCUCGCCGGACCUUCCCCAUUGAGGCCCUCACACAUCCCUCCAAUAGAGAUGCUGUCGCGCAGCCUCACCACCCAUAUCUGUCUGAGGCCACUUGGGAGCUGCAAGGGUUCUAUGCCUGGAGCCAGCGAUUACCUCUCUCCUCGAUCUUCGCGCAAGAUUGCUACAUCUCGGAACUUGCGCACACCAUCGCAACAGCACCUGCUAAGGAAGCUUUUGCCGCAUACCAUCGGAUCCUGGCGCAUCGGCGGAAGAAAGCGUUCCGGUUGGAGCCUCUUCCAGGAAUCCUUAAAGCAGAUGGCGAUCCAUGUGCUGACGCUAUUGAGGUUCAACAGCGCUGGCGGCAACAUUUCGCCGGCUUAGAAGCGGGCAUGGACACUACCUUCACUGAGCUUGCUCAGCGCACACAGGCCACAGGUCCUUCUGCAGGUUUCGAGCACCCUCUUGAUGUUUCAGAGGUCCCUAGCCUGCCCCUCCUCCGCCGGAUCCUUGCAAGUACCAAAAGUGGGAAAGCUUCCGGUAUGGACUCCAUUCCACCGGAACUGAACAGAUACUUUGCCGACGAGUCAGCAGACCUCCUGUAUCCCCUCUUGCUCAAGUUCUUGUGGCGAGGUGAAGAGGCCUUGGGUCAUAAAGGUGGCCAAGCCGUUGUACUGUACAAAGGCAGAGGCCCAACAGACCAGUGUCAAUCAUACAGGUCUAUCCUCCUCAUGAAUACAUGGGCCAAGGCCUUUCACCAGUCGAUCCGGCCGGCCAUCAAAACUGUCUUUGAGGCAAGUGCUCCUGCACUUCAGUUGGGAGGUCGCGCAGGGUGCAGCGUCGCCCUGGGCUCACAUGUUCUGAGGUCUCUGGCCAGAUAUGCGCACCAGCAUAGCCUUUCCGGAUACGUCCUUUACGCCGACAUCUCGGCAGCCUUCUACAGUGCUCUGGUACAACUGGUUGCACACUCGGAGGCGCAGGCCGAGCUCACCUGCGCCCUGCAGGACCCUUCCGUUCUGUCGCAGGUCGGGGUGUCCCCGUGGCUUGAGAAACUUGCGGCGCACCUAGGUGAUGGCAACUGGUUCAUGGUAGCUGGCGAUGCCACACCGGUGGCGACCGCCAGAGGCACUCGCCCUGGCAGCAGCUGGGCUGAUAUCCUUUUUGCAUUCCUGAUGCCCAGGAUCCUUCGUGUGAGGGACCAGAUUCUUGCUGAGUCGCACCACGAGCCGCAACCGCCCACCCUUCCAUGGGAUGGGUGCAAAGUUCUGGAACCGUGCGACAGUGACCAACGCGUCGUGAUCAGCGAUAUCAUUUGGGCAGAUGACAUCGCUACCCCUCGGCUUGUUGCGGAAGCUGGACUAGUUGAAGCCAACCUACGAGCCGAUGUCACUGCCAUCACCGAGGCAUUCUUCUCUUUCGGAUUCCGCCUCUCCUUUGGCGACCACAAAACUGCUGCGGUUGUCACCUUGUGCGGUCAUCGGAGUAGACAGGUGAAAAGGAGACUUUUCGGUCCGGAGGGUCUGCAAGGGAAGCUACCCGUCUUGCUUGAACAUUUACCUGUCAUGCAGCUCCCAUUGACUGCCAAGUAUAAGCACCUAGGUGUCAUGCAGGCACCACAUGGCUCUAUCCUUGAGGAGAUCCGAUAUCGAGCUGCGCAGGCCCGCAGGAGUACUGUGAACAUACCCAGAUCUGCUGAUCAGCAUGUCACGGCUGCUACAUGCUUCUCACUGCUCCGUGCUCCGGACCCGGAAAUCCUCCUCAGAACUGCCCGUCUGUCAUACCUUGGUCAAGCCCUGCGGUCCGGUCCGGAUGCUCUCUGGGCCUCCAUACGUGCCGAUCAGCCAUAUGCUGAACUCCUCCGAGCAGACCUCAGAUGGCUUCAUGCCUGGUGCUGGGCCACCACCUCGCUCCCACACCCUGACACGGCAUGGCGUGCUUGGGCAGAUUUCAUCCUUAGCAGCCCCGGUCGCUUCAAAGGUAUGUGCAAGCGUGCCAAAGCUCUGUCUAUCCACCAGCACACGGUGGUUGCUGCCCUUGAUGGACUUCACAGGCUCCUGACAGAACUUGCUGGCUUCCCUGUCCCGAGCGCUGCCCCGGAGGAAGUCACACACCAAGAGAUGUGCCUACCCUGCAAGCGCAGCUUCCCUUCCCGGGUGUCAUGGGCCGGCCACGCUGCUCGUUGCCACGGAUACCGCUCACGGGCUUUCCUGCUACCGGACGAUAGGAUUUGCCGGUCUUGCGGCAAAGUGUAUGCCACCAUCGGACGAUUACGCCGACAUUUGGUUGCAGCACCUGUGUGUUCCGUGAACUGGGGCAGUUUUAUCCCCGCUGAGGGCUCUGAUAAAGUCCAGUUGCAUCCCUUAGCCCUGCCUGUUUCCGUCUCAGGCGUACAUGACACUCUUCCAGACCCUGACCGUCUGCCCAAUAACACGGUCUCGUUGAGUUUGCUCAAUGUGCUUAUGCAGCUCGACGACUGCACCGAAUCAGAAGUGUGGGAGGUCAUUGAAGGCCACAUCGAACCGUUAGCGACCCUCCGCAGUACGGUUUCUGAAUGGCAGGCCUCCCUCCCACCAUCGUCGACCAAGGCUGAGAUUGCCGAAAACAUGCUACUGUUGCUAGACCCUACCAUCAGUGCCGACACGCGCCAGCCGAGUACCAGCAAGGCGGCUUUACCUGAAGACUACGUACCGGCCUGGAAGCCUCUGUCCCCGCUUCCCGUGGCAGCAUCGGGCACUGUUGUUUCGUGGUCCCUUGAGCCACCACCGCCUGUUGUCCUUUCACCACAUUGCCCCACAAGCAUGUCGGUCCGCGCUGCAGAUGCCUAUGCUUUUCUACAGGCGCAGGCAUUGCCACCUCUUGGCUUUCCCAAUGUGGCUUUCGGGUAA